AUUGAUGGAUUGCCCCUCUUCCGAAGCUCAAAAAUGGAGUUAUGGCCUAUUUUGGCCAACGUCAAAGAAAUUUCAGGAUGUAAUAUUAUCAUCAUUGGUCUGUAUGCAGGUCCUACAAAGCCUAACUCUGUUGAGGAAUACCUGAAGGACUUCAUCCAUGACCUGAAGCAUGUAACUCAGGAGGGUUUACAUUACAAUGGAAUACAUUACAAGAUUGCACUUCCUGAUGCCUUCAUCUGUGAUGCCCCUGCCCGUGCCUUCUUAAAAUGUACCAAGGGUCAUUCAGGUUACAGCUCCUGUGAACGCUGUACAGAGCAUGGAGUUCGAACAGAGAACAGGGUCGUAUUUCCAGAUCUGGCUGCACCACUGAGAACAGAUGAACAGUUUGAGAAUAUGGCAGAUGAUGAACAUCAUCAUGGUGUUUCACCCCUACAAGAGCUAGGCAUAGGAAUGGUGUCAUGCUUUGUUCUUGACUACAUGCAUCUAGUUUGCCUUGGAAAUGUUCGAAAACUUGUGAGUCUGUGGAUCAAAGGACCAUUACGGUGUCGGAUUUCUGCAGCCACCAUCACAGUUAUCUCCAGCCACUUGAAACUAAUCAGAGGACAUCUCCCGAGGAAUUUUGCUCGAAAACCACGGUCACUCAUGGAAUACAGUCAGUGGAAGGCCACAGAAUUCAGACAGUUUUUGUUGUACACAGGCCCUGUGGUUCUUAAAGGACGUUUACCUACAAGACUGUACAAGAACUUUAUGUUGCUGUCUGUGGCAAUAAGAAUUCUACUUAGCCCAGCUUUGUGUCGCGAAUACUGUGAUUAUGCAGAAAAACUAUUGAAAUGUUAUGUGACCAACUUUGCAAAGAUUUAUGGAACAGAGCACCUUGUGUACAACACCCACUCUCUAAUACACCUGGCUGAUGAUGCAAGAAAGUUUGGUCCCCUAGACAGUGUUUCAUGUUUCCCUUUCGAAAAUUAUCUGGGGACAUUAAAGAAGCUGGUAAGAAGACCACAAAACCCUGUCCAACAAGUUGUACGGCGCUUAGGUGAAAAACCCAGCUGUCCUCAAGGAGAGAUCAAGGAAAUGAGGAACAAGCCUCAGCCACUGCAUGUCUGUGGUCCAACUCUCUCUAACGUUCCUCCUUGUAUACAGUACAAAAGAUACAUACACGAGGGAAACAUAAUAUCUUGUUCUCAAGGCAACAACAGCUUUGAUGUUGAGGGCAAAGUUGCUGUUGUGAAGAACAUUGUGGAGUUUGCAUCUGGAGAAAUGUAUGCUGUGUGCCAGUUUUAUGAAAGACAAGGACGCUUUUAUGAUUAUCCUAUUGACGUUUCUUGCAUGGGGAUCAGAAAGGUGACACAGCUCUCUGACAGGCUUCACGGCGUGCUUCUGACUGACUUGACAAAAAAACUGGUACUGCUUCCUGUUAAAGAUGAAAAUGUGGCCUUUCCCCAGUUACACGACUGUUGAUCUACCUCAUAUUAACUUUGCAGCAUGCCCCUCUUCAGCAUUGUGGAGUUCAGGGAGGAAGUGACAAGUGAAGGAAAGGCUCUUGUGGAUAUUAUUCCAUCAUGUUGGUUCACUGAUGAGGACAAGACGGACUGUUUUUGGCCAGAAGGCCACAAUCUUAAUGUCACCAAAGCAGUGAAACAGCGACAACAACCGGAUGCUUCAUGGGGGACAUACAGUGUUCGUGCACUUGGACAUGCAGACACAUAUGAAGAUGCUCGACGCAAGCUUGCCCGAGCAGAGGCUACUUCUGAUCUUCAAACAGACAAUGAUGUACCAAAGAAAAGACCGAGAAGGCGAUCCAUGAAAGCCCUGCCCUUGAAACAAGUGAAGAGGAAUCUGAUACGUGUGUGCCACCCGACUCUGGGAGACCCGAGUGCCACCCCGACUCUGAGGGACCCGAGUGCCACCCCGACUCUGAGAGACCCGAGUGCCACCCCGACUCUGAGAGACCCGAGUGCCACCCCAACUCUGAGAAGCCUGAGUGCCGCCCCGACUCUGAGAAACCCGAGUGCCACCUCGACUCUGCGAAGCCCCAGUGCCACCCCAACUCUGCGAAGCCCCAGUGCCACCCCAACUCAGAGAAGCCCAAGUGCCACCUCAUGCAUGAGCAGUGCCAGUAGCGCCUCCUCAGAUCUUAACAAUGCCAGUAGCCUUGGAGAAGCCAUGUAUAUAAAAUUGAUAACUUUACUUGAGGAAGUGAAGGACACACAGAGAGUGCAUAGCAAAAUGCUUAACACUUUGUUGAAGCAAAGAGAAGCUUUGACAAUGUCUGAACCACCACAAGGAGCAGUGUUUCCGUUAACAACUAUUGAUGAUGUCCAGGCCAUGAACGAGAAGCUGUCGGACUUGGAGUUCAUGUCAGGGGUUGUCGCCAUGGUUGGAGAAAUUGGAGGUUCUUCGAUAGAUGACGCAACCAGAAGAAUGAUGGCAUUUAUAAUGUCACCUGACCUUGCACUGCAGUACAACCUCUUUGGACGUCAUGGGAAGAAACCCUUCAGGGAGCUACGUCUAUUUGAUCUUGUUUAUGGAGCACUGAAGAAGAACAUCCUUACAAAGGACAUAAACCAGAAGGAUGCGGAGAAGGCUCUCUCAAAAUGGUUUACAGGAGCUCGGGACAGAGGGGGCAACCGAGCCGUGAGAGCACAGAGGGAGUUCACCAAAAGGGGUGAAACACAGGCCCUCCAAUCUCAAGAUGAGACACAAAUCCAAUAG